AGAGAGCUCCGGUGGAGAGUGAGAGAGGUGAGCAAUUUGAAACCGUGGCGAUUUAGCCGGAAUGAGGAACAGAAGAUUCGCGCAGAUCGCGACGAGCGACGACGAGGAAGACGACUUCGCGCCGCAGGGGCAGCAGUCGGAGGAGGAGGAGGCUCCGGCGGCGGCGGGGAGGAAGAGGAAGCUGAAGAGAGUGGCGGAGGAGCCGGAGGAGGAGGUGGAGGACACACGGAGGAGUAGGAAGAAGAAGAGGAGGAGAGACGAAGAGGCUGAAACGGCGUCGGAGGAAGAAGAAGAAGAAGAGGAGGAGGAGGAUGAGCUGGAGGCGAAGCCGAUCGGGGAGAUGGUGAAGAUGUCCGGCAAGGGGAGAACUCGGCGGCAUCAUUACAAGGCGUUUGAGUACGACGGGAACCAAUACGAGCUGGAGGAUCCGGUGCUUCUAACACCCUCUGAGAAAGGAGAGAAGCCUUACGUUGCAAUUAUUAAGGAUAUCACUCAGCUCAAAGAUGGGAACAUGGUGGUUUUAGGGCAAUGGUUCUAUCGUCCUGAAGAGGCAGAGAAAAAAGCUGGUGGAAACUGGCAGUCACAAGAUACAAGGGAGCUGUUCUAUAGUUUCCAUCGUGAUGAGUGCCCAGCAGAAUCUGUAAUGCAUAAAUGUGUGGUUCAUUUUGUUCCUUUACACAAGCAGCUGCCAAAGCGUAAAGAGCAUCCUGGAUUCAUUGUGCAAAAGGUGUAUGACACCGAUGGGAAGAAGCUUUGGAAGCUGACAGAUAGAGACUAUGAAGAAGAUAAGCAGCAUGAAAUCGAUUUACUAGUACAAAAAACUAUGCGAAGAUUGGUAGAUCUUCCUGAUAUCGUGAUUGGAGAUCCAACUGUUAAUCAGGAUGAUCAAUUGAAGAGUAAAAGACAUUUGAUGAAAAAGAAUAUAGAACCCCUUGAUGUUUCUAGAUCGGAAGAAGCAACAACUAGGCCUGGUAAAACUCCAAAAGCUGAUACACCUGGAAGCUGUUUGGCUAAUUUGUCAGAGUACCACCACAUCUUGGUUGAUCUCAAUGCAUUAACUGGAGACUCACAUCGUGACAAAUGGUUGGAGAAACUUUUAAAGGAGCUACAACCAUUGUGCAGUUCUGCUGAUAGCAUGAAAGGGGGUGAUAAAAGAAAAACUGGUUCUGAUGAAACUGAUGGUAAGCCCUCAGAUGUUGCAAAUGGACGUCAGGAUAAAAAUCUCAAGGGUGGCAAGCCUUUCCACUGGCCAGAUGAUGCUGUUCGUGCAGCUGUUUCUCUGGAGAAGGCUUCACAUGAUUCCCUUUCCUCAGAUUUUCAGAAGUAUAACCAAAAAGUGCGAUCACUGCACUACAAUAUAUCGAGACAACCCGUGCUAGCCCGCCGUCUUCUAAGUGGAGAGUUGGAACCUUUAACAAUACUGAACAUGUCACCAGAUGAGUUAAAGGAGGGUUUAACUGCCGAGGAGAGAGAAAUGAAGGAUCCUGAUGAGUCGGAGCGUAUGCAGAUGACUGAUGCGCGUUGCACAAGAUGUUCAGAGCUUAAAGUAGGAGUAAGAAACAUCAUUCAAGCAGGACAUGGUGCUCGCUAUGAGUUGGAGUGUACUGCCUGUGGUAAUCAAUGGUAUGCUGCCCGAGAUGCAGUUUCGAUGCUCACUAUUGACUCACCGAGUUCAAACAAGAAUGUAGGUACGGUUCCAUCUGCCACUGCCAAGUUUGAAGAUGUUGAGAAGAAGCUGGUGAAUCCCCGUGCAUCUGACACAGCAGCAGCUACUGAAACUCUAAAAAAGACAACUGAAGCAUAUAUGCCCGUCUUGGAGGCACAAAGAUCGUUUGGUAAGUCCAAAAGGGAAGAAAAGUCUGAAGCUGAAAAGAAUGCCGAGUAAAAAUAUCGCGCCCUUUAUUGGUACUCUUGUUUGAGAGAUUUAGGUGUAUUUAGCUAGGAAAUGUUCCUUGUAGACUUAUUGUACAAAGUAGUAUACUCAUGCCCAAGUUAAUGAGUGGUUCUGUCACUGACCCUGCUGUAGCCGUAACCUUAUUAGAGUUGGUUACUCACAUACCAGUGGCAGUCUCCGCUCCAUCCUGAGGGUUAGGAUCGAUGGUUUUACCAUACUAAUGUACUGUAACUGCAUCGAUUUGCAUAAUGUUACAGUAUGCACGAGAAUCUGAUAUGCUGACGGUAAUGCCUCACAACGUUCUCUUUUUAUUGUU